UUAAACAGCAGCAACAUGAAACCACCAAAACGACAGAGAAAACCUAGGGGGAUGCCAGGACAAUCACUAAAUAAAAAGAAGAAAACACAAGAGACCAUACCAGAACAAUCAGAAAGCACGGACAAGGAGACGGCACCAUUCCAGUCUGAUCUAAGCAGUAUUUCUGUGGCCAGUGGCAGUGGCAGUGACCAACCUGUAAUAGACCAGACCCCACCACCAAGUCAAAACCCAGUACCUAGGCAACAUAUAGCUUCAUCCGGUGCUCUGGAAACCACCCUAUUGGGGCCUGCAAAAAGAGGUGUCAAAUCAAUUUGGUUAAUAGGAUCAUCCAUAGUAUAUUGGGCCAAUAAAGAAGCUUCGUCUAGACCUGGGGGACUUCACCUUGGCCUACAGAAUACAGGUGCUCAUAUGGUUUGGAUUGGUCAAAGGGGUAUGAAGUGGGGUGAUUUAAAUAGAGUCUUUGAACAAAGGUUGAUUAACCGCCCCCUUCCGAGUUUCCUUGUUAUUCAACUUGGGUCUAAUGAUUUGGGUAUAUUGACAUCAGAGAAAUUAUUCAGUGAUAUAGAAUGUGACCUGCUUCGGUUACAUGCAUUGUAUCCAGCUUUAAAAAUAAUAUGGUCAGACAUACUAAUGAGACGGUAUUGGCACAAUGCCAAUUGUGGUCAAGCUAUUGAAAGGGCUCGUAAACGAGUAAACCUCCGGGUCAAAAACUUAGUUUUGAGCAUCGGUGGAUGUGCAAUUAGGCACAGUAACAUACGUGCUAAAGAAAGUAAUUUGUUUAGAUAUGACGGAACACAUUUAUCAAAGAUUGGUAAUGAUAUUUAUCUGAAUAAUUUACAAGGAGCACUUGAACAGUUCAUGAGAUCCGGAGGACCAGCUGUUUUUCCUCAGUGAAAUUGAUAUUAUUAUGAGAAUUGUCUUAAAUUUAGAUUAGUUUAAUAACAAGUGAAACUCGGUCGGGAUUUUAAAGGGCACCAAUCAGUUUAAUUUGGGGUUGUUUCAGGGGUAAUUUCUUUGGCAGUGAGUGGGUAUGCCCCACUCAUUUGGCGGGAUAUGGCAAGAUGAAAAUGGAACAUGUCCCCACAUUGUACGUUAGCUUUUAUUUGGGGUUAUUUUCUUCUGUGUUCCCACAGAGAUUAGAUUAGGUCUUCUUUGAAUGUACCAAAGAGACCGGUUCCUGAAUUGGUCCCAGUUUGGAACUUAAGGUGUUCUCUUUGAAUUUAAUAAUUAAUAAGCUGCAAUGGAAACCAAAGAGUUCUUGGGGGGAAUAUUUGCUACGUAUCGGGGUUCAUUUUUCAUACGAUCUCUCUAUUUAGCAUUUAACGUAGAGGAUUGUAGCUUUCAUUGCCUACCAGUGAAGCACAGGCUUGCCAAAAAUAAUGGUUCGGCGGUUUGUACGUUCAUCUUGCCUAAUCUUGUCUGCGCAAAAAAUUUAAUACUGUAGCCAUAUCAUUCCACAUUCUUUGUUGAUUAUUAUAUUUAUCUUUGAAAACAAAAGGAGCCGGUUUUACAUUUCACACAUACUACUAUGGUAAAGGAAGGGUUUGAUUGCAGAUGAGACAUAAUUAAGAAGAAAACAAAAAAUUGGUUGAUCGCCCAUGAGACAUGUAUAUAAUAUGAAGCAGUUCGGAUCUUUGAUUAAUUAAGUUUAUCAUAUAAGGAUAAACUGUUUUAAUAAAAGUUUAACUCCAUUUUCCGGAAUCAAUCCUAAUUGAUUCUUAAUUUAAUCACAUCAAUAAUACGUCAUUUCGUGACGUCAUUCAUGCGUUAUCAUUCAAGUACAAAACUGCCAACAUAGCUAACGAAAAUUCCUACCUCCCUCCCCAUCCACCACCAAAAAAUAAAGAUAAGAAAAAUUCUGCUGCUGUGUUUGUAUUGUUUCAGGUUUUGUUGUGAAAGAUGCAGCUAUGCAGAGGAGUUGUGCUAAGAAUAUACUUGCCACUGGACUAUAAACAGCUCAGCUUGAAAAGACAGUGCCUUAUUGUCCGUGGAUGAGAAACCAGUUUAUCUGCAUAGAAUUCUUGUUUGAUGGACUUAUUUUCAAGAUUAUAAACAUUUGAUAUUUAACUAUUUCUACAAGACAUUAACUUUUAAUUCAGUAUUUUAUCAUUUAAAAUUUAUUGUAAAUUUAAAAUAAAUAGUCGUUACAGUAUAGCUGGCGGGAUAUGGCAAGAUGAAAAUGGAACAUGUCCCCACAUUGUACGUUAGCUUUUAUUUGGGGUUAUUUUCUUCUGUGUUCCCACAGAGAUUAGAUUAGGUCUUCUUUGAAUGUACCAAAGAGACCGGUUCCUGAAUUGUUCCCAGUUUGGAACUUAAGGUGUUCUCUUUGAAUUUAAUAAUUAAUAAGCUGCAAUGGAAACCAAAGAGUUCUUGGGGGGAAUAUUUGCUUCGUAUCGGGGUUCAUUUUUCAUACGAUCUCUCUAUUUAGCAUUUAACGUAGAGGAUUGUAGCUUUCAUUGCCUACCAGUGAAGCACAGGCUUGCCAAAAAUAAUGGUUCGGCGGUUUGUACGUUCAUCUUGCCUUAUCUUGUCUGCGCAAAAAAUUUAAUACUGUAGCCAUAUCAUUCCACAUUCUUUGUUGAUUAUUAUAUUUAUCUUUGAAAACAAAAGGAGCCGGUUUUACAUUUCACACAUACUACUAUGGUAAAGGAAGGGUUUGAUUGCA